AGGCUGCAAGCGCGCUCUCGGGCGCCAUUGCUGUGACGCGCACUUGUGUUCUGUUCUCGUCCAGUGACGACCGCCCAGAAAUUUUGACGUGGUUACUACGUAUAGCCCGCUUACCCACUCCGAUCGCUUCAAACUCGGUGACGACGAAUACGUAACUGGUGCUUUUGUACUUAGGCAAUGGAAGGGAUAGUGGAAGAGAAUGGAGCAGUUGAUCCACUGGCCCCAUCGCCGGACCCGCAAUCACCCAUCGCCUCGGUAGGGGUCUCAAACUCACAGUCCCAUCUGAUGACAGCUACUAACAUUGUCCAACUAACUUUGCCUACUCAAACCCAAGCACAGGUUCAGAGUGUGAUUCAGCCCAACCAGCAAUCCGUGAUCCAAACGGCCGCCAAUAUCCAGCCUAUGCUGAGCAAAGGCAACGUCAUCCUCGUCAGCAAACCAAACUCAGUCAUCCAAACCACGCAAGGGAGUCUCAGUGGACUGCAGACAUUGCAAGUGAAGGUUGUUGAAACGGGAAGUGAAGACAGUUUCUCGGAAGAAGAGUCGCCAAAAAAACGGAGAGACUUAUUAACGAGAAGGCCGUCGUAUCGAAAAAUUCUCAACGAUCUUGGCGGGGGUGAGAUAGCUGAAACCAAGGUUGAACAAAUUUCCUCAGAAGCCGACAGUGAGUUGUCCUCACACUCUAUCCCAUACCAUACAGUGUUGCCUGGCGCAAUUCAAAUAUCAGGCGGUAAAGGCGCUCAGGGGAUUCACACCUUAACCAUGACAAAUUCAACGGCAGGUGGCGCAAUCGUGCAAUACGCCCAAGGGCAGGAGUUUUUCGUUCCUGGGAGUGUUGCAGUGGUGGCGCAAGGAGCGAACAUCAGUGGAGGCAACGGCGAAGACCAAGACAGAAAACGCGAAAUGCGACUGCUGAAAAACAGAGAAGCGGCGCGAGAGUGUCGAAGGAAGAAGAAAGAGUACAUCAAGUGCCUAGAAAAUCGAGUAGCGGUUUUGGAAAACCAAAACAAAGCGUUAAUAGACGAGUUGAAAUCUCUGAAAGAACUGUACUGUCAGCAGAAAACGGAAUGAGGUUGGUGUUUUGUUUUUGCGAUGGUGAGGGACUAUUUUAGUACAGCACUGUGCUAAUGAAUUAACUUAGUGCAAUUUGAUUUUUUCGGUAAUUGUGCACCUGUUAAGUGUUACCUGGGUAUGGUGUAAGUUUAUUGACCAAAGAAAUUUUAUUGAAAAAACACGAUAUCAAAUAUCUGAAUUGCAUUUUAUUGAUCUAAGCUGAAGAUGUAAAUAUCGGAAUUGUUAUUUUUAAUUGAAAGUUUAUUUUCUUUUUAAGUGCUCCAGUUAUACAACACUGUAUAUUUGUAUCAUAGAAUAAUAUUGGACAGAAAAGGCUUGUGAAACGAUUAAUAUAUUUUAUAAGAAGCCGAUGUAAAUAUUUAAACAACUUAUUUAUUUUCAAGUGUCCAGACCUGAUGGAGUGCCUUGCUAGGUUUAACUUGUAAUAUUUGGUAACAUUACAUUUGAUUAUGUGCCAUCAGUCUUCGCUGUUUCGUAAUGUUACAAAAUAUUUAAAAGCAGAACAUUCUUGGUCUAAUGAAUGUACAUAAAUGUAUGUAUGUAAUAUAUUUUUACAUAUCGAAUACUUUUGCACCCUUAAAUAACUCUUGACCUAAUUGUUUUCCUUGUUACGGAAUGUAUUGACAGUAGUUCAUUUGCAUUGUUAUUCCAUGAUUCUGUUUGCUAUUUUGGUAGAUAACAAAUUGUACAUAAGAUUAUUAGAUGUUAAGUACCACACGCUUAAAAUUAACAAUUUUGACCGUGUGGUAUUAGUUGAAUGAUUUAUUGUAAUAAAGUGGAUAUUUUAUUUA